AAUUGACCAUGUUUUUGAUUUAUGCAUUGCUUGGUUUGUAUUGAGUUUACAACCUUUACCUACCAAAGUUGUUCCUUCAGCCUGUUUUUCCAUCCCUGUAUUACUUCCUUUCUUACCUUUGCAGAGGUUGUUCAACCUUGUUUUUGAUCUCUGUAUUGCUUGGUUUCAUUACCUUUCCUUCUUUCAGAACAAACACCAUGGAUGUAUAUGGGAUCUUUAUCUCUCCACUCGUAAAAGAUAUGGUUAAGAAAUUGUACUCUUAUUUUAGCAACUUAGUGAGCACAGCCGACGUUGGCACUGGCAUCCAGAAUCUGAAGAAGGCAUUAGAGGAUUUAGAGACUUUGUUGGCUGAUGCAGAGAACAAACAAGUGUACGACAAGGAUAUCAAAAAGUGGCUAGAAGAGGUUCAACCUUUGGCUUAUGAUGCAGAUGACUUAUUGGAUGAUUUUGCCACUGAAGCUCUCGAAAGGAAGCUAAUGGCGGAGGAGACGACGAUGGGAAGAAGACCAGCUAAGUUUCCACGUCUCUCUUCUAUUGUUCCAUUCAAUUUAAAAACUGGGUCAAAGCUAAAUGAGAUUACUAGUCAAUUACAAGCAGUUGCUACAAAAGGAAAAGAUCUUGGUUUAGAUAAAAGACUUGUUGGGAGGAUGUCUACAGAUUUACGGCAGAGAUCACAAACUACAUGUUUGAGGGAGCCUCACAUUCAUGGCAGAGAUGAAGACAUCAAGCAAAUUGUCGAAUUGCUACUUGGGGAUGCACCUAGUGGAAAAAUUUUUGAUGUAAUUCCUAUUGUAGGAAUGGGUGGGAUCGGCAAGACCACACUAGCUCAGCAGAUUUACAAUGACGACCGACUGGAAAAUCGUUUCAAUCUAAAAGCAUGGGUAUGUGUAUCUGAUGACUUCGAAGUUGUGAGAAUAUCAAAGGCAAUUCUCGACUCGUUCACUCAUGGUUCAUAUAAUUUAAGUAACUUAAAUGAGGUUCAAGUUCAACUUAGCAAAACUUUGGCAGGGAAAAAGUUUUUGCUUGUCCUAGAUGAUGUGUGGGAUUAUGGACGUGAUGGGUGGAAUUUGUUACGAUCCCCAUUUGGAGCUGGAGCACCUGGAAGUAAAAUCAUUGUGACAACGCGAGACAGAGGUGUUGCAAAGCAGAUGGGAAUGGAUAAAUAUCACAAUUUGCACAACUUAUCAUAUGACGAUUGUUGGUUAAUCUUUGCCCAACAUGCAUUUGAGAACAGAAAUAUCAUGGAAUGCCCAGAAUUGGUAUUAAUUGGUAAGAAAAUUGUUGAGAACAGGUGCAGAGGCUUACCCUUGGCAGCAAGGGCACUUGGCAGCUUAUUAUGCUGUAAACAAGAAGAACAUGAAUGGAAAGAGAUACUGAACAGCAAUAUAUGGAAUGAGGAAAGUGGCAUUCUCACAGCAUUGAAAUUGAGCUACCUUCAUCUCCCUGUCAAUUUGAAGAGGUGCUUUUCCUACUGUGCAAUUAUCCCAAAGGACUACGAAUUCAUGGAGAAGGAAUUAGUCUUGCUAUGGAUGGCUGAAGGUUUAAUUGAGCAACCAAAAGGUGGAGACCAAAUGGAAGAUUUAGGCCACGAGUAUUUUCACGAAUUGGUGUCAAGAUCAUUUUUUCAACCGUCAAGUGGUAACAAAUCACAAUUCAUAAUGCAUGACCUCAUCAAUGAUUUGGCUCAAGAUGUUGCAGGGGACAAAUGUUUUAGGUUGGAAAGUAAUUUAGAGGGUGGCAGGCAGAACAAGAUUUUGGACAAAGCGCGUCAUGCAUCUUAUGUUGCUAGCCGUUAUGAUGGAAUCAAAAAAUUUAAAGCUUUCGAUGAAGCCAAAUGCUUACGAACAUUCUUAGAAUUUUUUCCACAAGGAUAUCACUAUGUAACGAAGUACUUGAUGCAUGAUUUGUUGCCAAAGUUAAAAUGCUUGCAUGAGUUGCGUUUGUGUAGUAUUGGAAUAAAUGAGCUACCAGAUUCCAUUGGAGAUCUAAAGCAUUUGCGGUACCUUGAUUUAUCCAAUUCUGGGAUUACAAGGUUACCUGAUACAGUGGUAACUCUCUACAAUUUACAAGUCUUGUUUUUGAGAUUUUGUCAUCAACUUCAGAAGUUGCCUCUAAGCAUGGGGAGGCUGGUGAACUUGAGACAUUUUGACAUGACUGGCGUGCAUAUUCCAUCAUCAGAAGAGAUGUCGCUACAUAUAGGUAAAUUAAUUAAUCUCCAAACAUUGUCAAAUUUUAUGGUGGGUAAAGAUUGUGGGCGUAAAAUAGGAGAGUUGAAAAAUCUAUCACACAUUCAAGGGGCAAUACACAUAUCAAGACUAGAGAAUGUCAAUGGUGUUAAGGAUGCAAGGGAUGCCAAUUUAACGUCUAAGGAGUUAAAAGAGUUAUCACUAGAAUGGGAUGAAUCUCAUAGUUCACAGAAUGACAUAGUUGAGAGGAAUGUGCUUGACGUGAUGAGACCUUUCAAAUUAUACACCUCCAUGAGCUUCGACAAUAUUGUUAACCCUAAAGAGGACAACUUCCUCAGUCUGAUACAAACCUGCAAUUGCAGCUUGGCUUUGUUGUUGUUGUUGAAACAAACUUUAGGAUGUACGCAUGCUCAUCAUCUAAACUGCAUUGUAGCUGUUGAGGAUGCUUGA